UGAACAAUGGGGAACACAAGCAGCGAGCGAGCUGGACUGGAGCGUCAUGGGCAUAAGGCAUCCCGAGGUGACAAUUCAGGAGGAGCCAUCAGUACAAAAGAGGGUGAUAGACCCAAAAUCUUAAUGGAUAGUCCUGAAGAUGCAGACUUAUUCCAUUCAGAGGAAAUGAAGGCUCCACUGGAGAAAGAAGAAUUCCUAGCCUGGCAACAAGAUCUGGAAGUGAGUGAUAAAACCCCCACUCAAGCUCGACCAACAGUCUUUCGCUGGACUGGAGGAGGGAAAGAAGUUUAUUUGUCUGGGACCUUCAACAACUGGAGUAAAAUUCCUCUGACAAGGAGUCACAAUAACUUUGUGGCAAUCCUGGACCUGCCAGAAGGAGAGCACCAAUAUAAGUUCUUUGUGGAUGGACAGUGGACACACGAUCCUUCAGAGCCAGUAGUAACCAGCCAGCUAGGUACUGUCAACAACAUCAUUCAGGUGAAGAAAACCGACUUUGAAGUAUUCGAUGCUUUGAUGGUGGACUCCCAAAAAUGUUCUGACAUGUCUGAGCUGUCGAGUUCACCCCCAGGACCAUACCACCAGGAACCCUAUGUUUGUAAGACAGAGGAGCGCUUCAAAUCUCCACCCAUUCUUCCCCCCCACCUGCUGCAAGUCAUCCUGAAUAAGGACACGGGCAUUUCUUGUGAUCCUGCUUUACUCCCUGAACCCAACCAUGUAAUGCUGAACCACCUUUACGCACUUUCUAUCAAGGAUGGAGUGAUGGUGCUUAGUGCUACACAUCGUUACAAGAAGAAAUAUGUGACUACUUUGCUGUACAAGCCAAUAUGAACAUUAUGGUAGUUUGUGACCAAGUGUUCUGGGCCAGUGCGGUCUCAGAAAAAAAAAUUUUUUUACUUAACCAAAAGUACUCCUGCUCUGUGCGGCAGCAAACAAACUCUGGUUUCACGUUGUUUCUGAGACUUCCAAGUUCUCCUGUGUUUGCCUUAUUCUUUAGUCCCACCUUGGAAGUUCUUGGAGAUGACAGCUAGACCAAUGGCAAAGUGUCAGUGCCAGUUGUCAGCUCAGUUAAAAACACUUAGAUUCACCUAUGUAAUCGAUUAGGCUGAAAAAUGUCAGGAUAGCAAUGGAUUCAAGACCUUCAGCAGUGGUGCAGACUAUAAGAAAUACAAAAACCAGCCCAAACUCUAGAAAGCUCAGGAUUCUUGUGGAAUCUGAGUUGAGCUCAACACUCAGCAAAAAGCACACCUAUUUCUGCUUUCAUAACUUACCGCGUGCAUCAAAUGCACAGUUAUUUUAGUAGCAAGUUCCAAACUUGCAUGGCUGAAAUAAGUGUGAAACUUGAUGUUUUGUAGCAGCCUUUCUAGGCAAAAUCAAUGUUACAAUCACCCACAAGUUCAUUUUUAUUUUACAGUAGACUGGGAUGCACUGUGUUUCUACUGUGGAUAGCACUGUAGCGUUUCUCUUUCUGAGAACUGAAAUACAGCUUUUCCCCUGUGGGAUUUCUGGUAAAGACUUUUUUUUAAUGGCUGGAUUUUUGUGUAAAUCAUAAAUGUGUCUUGCAGUAAUCUGAUUUUUGCAACCAGCUUCUCCUGCUGUCACUGAUAAGGGCUUCCUUAAGCUGGGACGGGUGGCUGUAAGGAAAACAAGGUAUCCAGUUUAGGGAUUAGUUCUUCAGUAACAGCCUCUGUCAGCUGACUUGAAGAUGACUGUAAGUUACUGUGCAGUAACCUGUAUCUUGGUGGCCAAACAUGCAGUUGCAGCAUGCUGGAAACAGGAGCGUUGCGCUCUUCUGUGCCCAGGGCUAGAGCCGGGCCCUUCCCUCCAGGCUGCAGCACUAGUGGCGGGUAUAAAAUCCCUGUAACCAGGGCUGUGGUGAUCUCUGCAACUUUUUCUUCUGUUCACAUUUUCUAAGUGAAUGGAGUAAUACCAGGUUGCCUGUCCUCAGUACUGCCAGCCUGUUUUAUCCCAAAACAAA